GGGCGAGUACCAGCCCAGAAGGGAAGGAGAGGGAGAGGGCGGCGGGUCAUGCCCUGGUCACUCCGCGCCACUCUCUUUUGGGACCUGAUCCUGGGCGUAUUGGGCAUCUCUGCCUUCCUGAUCCACCUGGGUGCGGAUGUGUGGGCCGUGAGCCAGUAUGUACUCAGCGGUCAUUACCUGUGGGCCGCGUUGGUGUUGACGCUGCUGGGCCUCGCCUCGGUCGCACUGCAAGUCUUCAGCUGGACCUGGCUGCGCGCCGACCCCGCUGACCUGCACUCGUCGCAGCCUUCAGGCCGCUGCCUGGCGCUGCUGCAUCUCCUGCAGCUGGGCUACUUCUACAGGUGUGUGCAGGGGCUGCAACAAGGGCUAUUGGUGUGGCAGCAGGAGGCGCCCUCUGAGUUUGACUUGGCCUACGCUGACUUCCUCUCCCUGGACAUCAGCAUGCUGCGGCUCUUCGAGACCUUCCUGGAGAAGACGCCACAGCUCACGCUGGUGCUGGCCAUCGUGCUGCAGAGUGGCCAGACCGAGUACUUCCAGUGGGUCGGCAUCUGCACGUCCUUCGCUGGCAUCUCGUGGGCACUGCUUGACUACCACCGGGCCUUGCGCACCUGCCUCCCCUCCAAGCCCGUCCUGGGGCUGGGCUCCUCUGUGAUCUACUACCUGUGGAACCUGCUGCUGCUGUGGCCCCGAGUCCUGGCUGUGGCGCUGUUCUCAGCCCUCUUCCCCCGCUAUGUGACUCUGCACUUCUUGGGCCUAUGGCUGGUGCUGCUGUUCUGGGUCUGGCUUCAGGGCACCGACUUUAUGCCAGAUCCCUGCUCCGAGUGGCUGUACCGGGCAACAGUGGCCACCAUCCUUUAUUUUGCCUGGUUCAAUGUGGCUGAGGGCCGCACUCGAGGCCGCGCCACUAUCCACCUGGUGUUUCUCCUGAGUGACAGCAUUCUCAUGGUGGUCACCUGGGUAACUCAAACUGCCUGGCUGCCCAGUGGGAUCCUGCUGCAGAUAUUGCUGCCUGUGGGCGGCACCAGCUUCCUUUUGGGUCUGGCUCUGCGGCUUGUCUACUACCGCUGGCUGCACCCCAGCUACCACUGGGAGCCUGCCGAGGUGGAUGGGACCCGGAGCCUCCGCCACCUUGAGUUGUAUCAGCUGCCCCAGAACAGGCGCAUGGUCCAUUUGGCCCAGAAAUUUUUCCCCAAGACUUGGGAUGACACUGCUCUUCCAUGGGAGAGAGAGGUAAAUGGGGUCCUUUGAGGCAGGGUCAGAUCCAGCCAAGGGAGAGAAGCAUAGAUGGAAUCAUUUGGUAGAAUGCCGGAGAUAAGCUAAUAAUGCUGCUAUGGGCCUUGAUUCACUCAACAAGCACCUGAUGCCUGAUGUUGCCAGGCACUGAAGAUGAAAGUUAAGUAAGACAAAGUCCUCCCUUUAAGGACAAGAACAAGAUGAGGAGGGCCUGCCUUCGGAGAGUCAAGGGCCUCAAUUAUAUAUAAAACACUUUGGGGGGAAAGAGAAGAUCGCCUUUUCUCUUUCUCCCAAUCAGUAUAUCCGGUGCCCAGAGCAUCCAUCCAGGUGUUGGUACUUCCACCUCUAAAAUAAUCGGUGGACAUGCUCUCACCCCUUAAUUCCCAGAUCCUGGGCUAGAACGUCCAGAGACCUCCAGGAUGUCUUCUCUAGAGUCCUUUCUCCCCUGCCCCAUCUCAGUCAUUCAGUUCAUUUACCAGAUGUUUACUGAGGGCAUUUUAUAUGCCAGGAGCCUCAUUCUAUCCUUGGCACCUGGAACAAGAUCAGCCGCCACCUUUACCGUCUCCAGCUGCUCCUGCCGUAGACUCUCCUGCCAGGAGGCAGGCACGCCCAAUUGGCUGGCCCCCAUCGACCCCUCCAAGGCCUUGCUGCAGCUGGCCCAGCCUCUGCCCCUGCUCUCAAGGGGCUGCCUUGCAACCAAGUGCCUUGUGAACCUGUGGUCUGGGCCAUGACUCACCCUGCUGAGUAUUUUUUAUACUUUAGGCAGUGUACUUUCUACCUCAGAGUCUAUUGUGAGAGAAGAGGUGUGCAUAUGUGUCUGCAAGUGAGACAUGUAUGUGUUUUUGUUAAACAGUAUUACUAGGUUAUUAUUAAAAAGCUUAUAAAACCCACCAAACCAGUUGUGUCAUUAAACUAAAUCUGCAGAAUUCAAAGCCACCUGGAAAGAAGGGGUCAGGAACACAAAGUUCACUGCUCAAAAUGGGUAAAGGCCCUGGGACAGAGAAGAUGGCUGGUUUAGGCAGGACUUCUCAACCUUGUUUUCUGAGUUUCAGGAGCCGGUGAACUGGUGUGGGUUGAUCGUUUAGGUGAGCAUCAGAACCCAGAUCUGGACUAACUCGUGCUCUGCUGCCGGGCCUGGCAGGAGCAGCUACAAACACCUUUGGUAUCAGGAAGUGAAUACGAGAGCCCAGGGGAAGGUCUUUAGGCUGCGAGCUCAGGGAGGGUGUACCUGAUAAGGUGACUGAGGGUAUGUGGAAGUGGGCGAUGGUGCCGGGUGGAAACUUUUGCUGCUCUUAAGAGGUCUGUGGUUUAGAGAAACAGGAACAGAGCAAAGGGUGCUGGAGACAGAAGUUUUUUCCUGAGAAACUAAGCCCUAAAGGAGAUGAGGGAGAAUGCUAUGCACAUGAAUUUUAUCCCAGACACCGAGUCAGCAGUGACUGCAUGGACAGGGCUUGCAGUAGCUAUACUGGCCUAUAGCCGCUGAUGAUGGAGGUGAGGGUUGGGAGCAGGGAGAGGCUCUGGGAGCAUGAUGCUGGUGCUUUUCCACACACAAUAGUAGAGGCAGAAAGGAUUUCCAGACUUUUGAAUUUCAUGGGCCAGUAAAAUGGUCACCAUGGUCACCAAUUUAAUUUUAACAUAAAAAAGGCAGUAAAAACUAUCACUAUUAUUUUCAUUAUCUCUAAAAGGAUGUAAUGAGCUCAGGAAAAGGUCCAUUCUUUUAAUUGCAUACAUUUAAACACACACAUGCACACAUACAACAACAGUGAAAUCAUGAUCAUUUUUCUCAACUCAAAAGGAUUAUCAAGGGUUGAGACCCCAGACAGUGGGCUAAGUGCUCAACCUAGCCUUGGACAUAGUCUUAGGUUGCACUAAACCCAGUAUUUGCUCCAUUUGUUUCCACAUUUCCACCUGUUGUAUGUGGAGACUAGGCUCAGAGGAGAUGCCAAACAUGUCAACAGAAGAUGCAAAGUUUUAGGCAAUGCCCUAUUUUCCGCUGAGAAAAUCCAAGAGAGAUGUUUUUAAUUUCUUGCCAAAGUUCUCAUCUAUACUCUAGAUGAAGUUGUCAAAUGAUGGCAAUAUAUAUGCACUCAACUGCAAACAAUGUAUACUGUACUACCUAAAAAGCUAUAGAAAAAGCUACACUUAAAAGUUUACAGAAUCAAGAACUUCAAAAAGAUGAGUGAUGCUACGUGCCAUUAGAAAUUUCCUUUGAAG